CGGGAGCCGCGCACAGAUCCCACGUGUGACGCUAACGCUCCCGGUUCGGCAAUAUUCGUUGAGCUGGGGCUGCAGUGCCCGUGUGUGUGUGUAUGCGUGUGUUUGGAGUUGGUUGGGCUUUGAGCUAUGGAAGCAGACGCGAGUCAAGUCACCUCUGGAAGUUCGAAUGAUUCGCAACACGACCCGGGUAAAAUGUUUAUCGGUGGCCUCAGCUGGCAAACCUCACCAGACAGCCUUAGAGACUAUUUCAGUAAAUUCGGGGAGAUCAGAGAAUGUAUGGUGAUGCGCGACCCCACAACUAAACGCUCCAGAGGGUUUGGCUUCAUCACGUUUGCAGAUGUUUCCAGUGUAGAUAAAGUCUUAGCGCAACCACACCACGAAUUAGACUCCAAGACGAUUGAUCCUAAGGUCGCCUUUCCUCGACGUGCUCAACCCAAGAUGGUCACAAGAACAAAGAAAAUUUUUGUGGGUGGAUUAUCAGCAAGCACAGUCGUUGAAGAUGUGAAACAGUAUUUUGAACAGUUCGGAAAGGUAGAGGAUGCCAUGCUAAUGUUUGACAAAACUACGAACAGACAUAGAGGCUUCGGCUUCGUAACGUUCGAGAAUGAAGACAUUGUAGAGAAAGUCUGUGAAAUUCAUUUUCACGAAAUCAAUAAUAAAAUGGUAGAAUGUAAGAAGGCCCAACCAAAGGAGGUGAUGUUUCCUCCAGGCACGAGGGGGAGGGCGAGAAGUCUUCCGCACACCAUGGAUGCCUUCAUGCUGGGCAUGGGCAUGUUGAGUUAUCCAAACAUUGUGGCAACAUACGGUCGUGGAUACACAGGAUUUUCUCCUAGCUACAGUUAUCAGUUCCCAGGUUUCCCAGCGACGGCAUACGGACCUGUGGCGGCAGCAGCAGUGGCAGCGGCAGCUCGAGGCUCAGGGUUCCCCGAUUAUGGCUUUUAUUCUGGGCCCGGUGACCAGCGGGGUGUCCCCUGCUCCUUUGCCGACUAUGCCACCCUGGGGCCCCAUGCGGGUCAGAUGCUGCAAAGUGAGCACGUCACCUCUACCUGCAACUCACCCUCCCAGCACCACCCAAGCCCGGAUCACUAUAAGAGCUCAGGUGCUAACCCUCCACGGCCUGGAGGUUUCCCUGGUUCAAACAGUCCUGGACCCGUGGCAGACUUGUAUGGCCCCAGCAGUCAGGAUUCAGCAGUGGGAAAUUACAUCAGUGCUGCCAGCCCUCAGCCGGGUUCUGGGUUCAAUCACAGUAUCGCAGGUCCUUUGAUCGCCACAGCAUUUACAAAUGGAUACCACUGAAAGCUAACGGGACAUGCAGCACCAUCUCAUUGGAGAGUUCAUCGGGAGGCCCUGAAAAAAUAGGCGGAGUCUCUGAUUGGUUCGUGUACAGUUGAUGUCAUAAAGACUUCAAGCACUACAGGUUCUGAUUGGUGAAUGGACAAGAAAAAUAAGAUCAUCUCAGAAAACUGCUGUAACUGUUAUUCAACCCUCAUGUCACUGCAGGGCUUCUUCCCAUUUUUAUUUUCCAAAUGCUUUUUUUCUUUCUUAAUGCCUUUUAAAUGACACCGGCUUUUAGAAAAACACACUUAGAUGAGUGAAUUUUUCAGUUGCAAUUGUCAGUUUUGCGUUUUUUUCCCCUCAAUUUUAGUGCCAUGUAAUUUUUUUCUUUUUGCGCAUAUGGACAGACACAGUGCUGAAAGACAGCAUUUCAUUCAUCUGUUGGGGAAAAAAGAAAAGAAAAUAAUCUUAGUAGUUUUUAAUUGUGACGUCUCAUUGUUGAUCAUAAUGACUUAUUUUUGGGCAAUACAGAGGGAGAGGACUCCAAUAUUUUUAUGGUCCUUUUUAUAUAUAUAUAUAUAUCAAUAUAUAAAUCUGUGUAUUGUUGUUGUCCUUUAGAGAGAGGAAAAAAUGUGUGUUGUAACCCCCCACCCCCAUUAAAACAUGGUGAUUUCAAAUAAGAGAAAGAAAUGUAAAUAUACAUCACUACAUAUAAUCAGUUCAGGCAUAUUUUUCUGAUGCUGUUUCAAUUAAAAAAAAAAGGGUGAAAUUAAAGUAAUUGACCGUAUGAUGGUGAAAAAAAAAAAUACGUUGAUUUCGUAAAUUAUUGUAUACACUUGAGCUGAAUCAUUUUACAGGUGUGUUACCAGCAUACUCAUGCACUUGAAACUUCCCUCGUUCACCGUGGAGUUUCCAAAACACCACUCCCGUCCAAAGCACACUGUGUGUAGUGAUCAACGAAAGGACUUUUUCUUCUGUUCUUCACAUUCUGACACUUUUAUACUCCUGAGAAAAAAAAAGAAACUUACUAUGUUACCUGUUGUUGUUAAUGUUGUCUAAUAGAGGACGUUCCUCUUGAUUUUGGAACCUGUCGUGGACUGUACUUGAACGAAACGGUUUAUUUCUCUUUUGGCUGAAGAAAGUGAACAUUUUUAAUUAAUCAUACCUCAGUCCUGUGAGAUUUAAUUUAUUCAGAGCAGAUCAAGUGUACGGAGGAAGCUUUGCACUGUGUACAAAAAGAACGACGGUUUUCUCUUUGCACAUGCUAGCUGUCACGAGUGACCUUACAGAGAUUUGAUGUAUGAAAAAUUGUUCAGUGAAUGUUGCUUUUAUUUUUCUGCCCCUGGCGUCCUGAACGCAGGUCGAGAAGAAGCCAAACAAAAAGCAAUCUAUUACUGGUGCGCUCAAGAUUUCAUUUCAAGGACAUAGCGAACCUUUUAUCUGAAAUAUUGACGUAUUUUAAUAUACAGCCAGUUGAAGACACUGAAAAAACAAAUUGUUGACCUGAAACCCGGAGCUGCUGAUUUCUUUCAAGCUGAAAAGCUGUUUUAGGUCAAACGCGCAUAUAUAAAUAUAUAUAUAUAUAUAAAAUGCAGAUUUUUAAUGUUAAAUGAUCUGAUAUGUAUAUUCUGAUGUAAAUGUGUCUUUUUUUCCUGCUAAAGAUGUAAACUGUUUUGUUUGAUGACUUGUUUUACUUGGUGUAGUCUGGUGGCCGGAGGCAAACGUUGGAGCCUCCAAAAGAUUUACAGAUCCAGUCACGUAAUAAUAUUUAAACAACUGAAAGAAACCGAGUGAGGAAAGAAAACUAUUGUAAUGUUCAACUGUCAAAGAAAAAUGUAAAAAUGAAACAUUAAAAAUGAAACCAAGAUGUUUGUUCACUGA